UAAAAUAUAUAUAUAUAUAUAUCUGUGAUAUCAAUGCUACCGUUUUCUCAAGGUUCUACCUUGCUAGGCUGCCACUACAUUCCUAAGAACCACGGGAAAAGGCAUUUGCUCCUCCGAAGAAAUUCUCAGACCAAUUUCUCACUACUGAACAAUGUGGACCGGGGUAACAUAUAAAGAACAGAAAAGUAUCCAACAUUUCCCAUGUUGGUUUCAAAGCAGACAGCAUGGUUCAGAGCAGCGGGCACCGGUGCAGAUCGCCCAUCUCCACGGCAGAGGUGAUCGUUUCCAGCGCAGCGGUGCAAAGCCAAAGGGCACCCACGAGUUCAUUACAUAAUUCCUGGUAGCAUGAGGCCAAGUGUGUAUCUGCUCUAGGGGAACAGUCGGAGGCUCUGACAGGCAGAGCAAGGCGAUCAUGACUAUGUUUUCACAAAGUGUAUGCUAGCAGUUGUUUGUUUGGAAAAAGACUGACCAGCUUUUUUUCCCCUCCUUCUCCCUCUCUCUUUUUUUUGCUUGUAAACACUUUGGCAUAAUACUGAAUGACUUUGUUUUUAAGCUGCCUUAGCUUUGCUUUGUGAAGAAAAAGCCUGAGUAUCCUUUCCCUGUGGGACACAGGUUGUUAUUUUUGGAGCAGAAGUUCUUAGCCUGAUCUCUGUCUAGAUCAAUUUCUGUCUUGAUGAGGCCGAGGUCUGUGACAGCUCCGAGCGUCCUCCGCGGAAGGAAGCUUCCUCGCUUGGUGGGGCGCAUGGGCAAAGAUGUUGAGGGGCCGCGUCUGAAACUUCACUGCUCUUGGCUCCACGCGAAGGCUCCUUGGCAUUCAGAGUCUGCUCGUUAGAUUGUGCCCUUGGAACAGCCGCGACCGCAUGCCGUGAGUGGCGUGCUUUCUGUCUUUGGGAUCAUGGAAAAUUCUUGUCUCAUUCAGAGCCCAGACACUCCAGGCCAAGUCCCUUCAUUUCAGGAAUAUGGCUUUUUCUGCUUAUACUGCUUCAUGGCCACAGGACUCACUGUAAAUCCCCUGGACGUUGUCUCACUCGGGAAGGGAAAGCAGCCAGCAGCCCUCCAGCCCUCUUGUGCUUUCCCUGGGAGUGCGCCCCGUGCUCAGCCAUGGUGGACAUGGGGGCCCUGGACAACCUGAUCGCCAACACCGCCUACCUGCAGGCCCGGAAGCCCUCGGACUGCGACAGCAAAGAGCUGCAGCGGCGGCGGCGUAGCCUGGCCCUGCCCGGGCUGCAGGGCUGCGCGGAGCUCCGCCAGAAGCUGUCCCUGAACUUCCACAGCCUGUGUGAGCAGCAGCCCAUCGGUCACCGCCUCUUCCGUGACUUCCUAGCCACAGUGCCCACGUUCCGCAAGGCGGCAACCUUCCUAGAGGACGUGCAGAACUGGGAGCUGGCCGAGGAGGGACCCACCAAAGACAGCGCGCUGCAGGGGCUGGUGGCCACUUGUGCGAGUGCCCCUGCCCCGGGGAACCCGCAACCCUUCCUCAGACAGGCCGUGGCCACCAAGUGUCAAGCAGCCACCACUGAGGAAGAGCGAGUGGCCGCAGUGACGCUGGCCAAGGCUGAGGCCAUGGCUUUCUUGCAAGAGCAGCCCUUUAAGGAUUUCGUGACCAGCGCCUUCUACGACAAGUUUCUGCAGUGGAAACUCUUUGAGAUGCAACCAGUGUCAGACAAGUACUUCACUGAGUUCAGAGUGCUGGGGAAAGGUGGUUUUGGGGAGGUAUGUGCCGUCCAGGUGAAAAACACUGGGAAGAUGUAUGCCUGUAAGAAACUGGACAAGAAGCGGCUGAAGAAGAAAGGUGGCGAGAAGAUGGCUCUCUUGGAAAAGGAAAUCUUGGAGAAGGUCAGCAGCCCUUUCAUUGUCUCUCUGGCCUAUGCCUUUGAGAGCAAGACCCAUCUCUGCCUUGUCAUGAGCCUGAUGAAUGGGGGAGACCUCAAGUUCCACAUCUACAACGUGGGCACGCGUGGCCUGGACAUGAGCCGGGUGAUCUUUUACUCGGCCCAGAUAGCCUGUGGGAUGCUGCACCUCCAUGAACUCGGCAUCGUCUACCGGGACAUGAAGCCUGAGAAUGUGCUUCUGGAUGACCUCGGCAACUGCAGGUUAUCUGACCUGGGGCUGGCCGUGGAGAUGAAGGGUGGCAAGCCCAUCACCCAGAGGGCUGGAACCAAUGGUUACAUGGCUCCUGAGAUCCUAAUGGAAAAGGUAAGUUAUUCCUAUCCUGUGGACUGGUUUGCCAUGGGAUGCAGCAUUUAUGAAAUGGUUGCUGGACGAACACCAUUCAAAGAUUACAAGGAAAAGGUCAGUAAAGAGGAUCUAAAGCAAAGAACUCUGCAAGACGAGGUCAAAUUCCAGCACGAUAACUUCACAGAGGAAGCAAAAGAUAUUUGCAGGCUCUUCUUGGCUAAGAAACCAGAGCAACGCUUAGGAAGCAGAGAAAAGUCUGAUGAUCCCAGGAAACAUCAUUUCUUUAAAACGAUCAACUUUCCUCGCCUGGAAGCCGGCCUAAUCGAACCCCCAUUUGUGCCAGACCCUUCGGUGGUUUAUGCCAAAGACAUCGCUGAAAUUGAUGAUUUCUCUGAGGUUCGGGGGGUGGAAUUUGAUGACAAAGAUAAGCAGUUCUUCAAAAACUUUGCGACAGGUGCUGUUCCUAUAGCAUGGCAGGAAGAAAUUAUAGAAACGGGACUGUUUGAGGAACUGAAUGACCCCAACAGACCUACGGGUUGUGGGGAGGGUAAUUCAUCCAAGUCUGGCGUGUGUUUGUUAUUGUAAAUUGCUCUCUUUACCAGACAGGCAGCAGGAGUCUCGGCUGACAUAAUCCUCGAAUGUUCCACACAGGGAAAUCUGUGGAAUGAGGGCUAAUCAGUUAGGAGGGACAUCACAACCACAAAACAAUUCAAAGGACAGGCAAGCUCACCACUAGAACACAUUUUAUUUUCUUUCUCUUUCUUUCUUCAUAAAGAUGAGUAAAGUCUCAGUUUUCACUGAGGGCAGGGAAAAGGAACACUCAGGUUUAUUUUGAUAAACUCAAAGCAUCAGCCUUUUACCAUCAUGUCCCUGUGUAUUACGCAAAGUCCUAGGAACAGAGAAUGGAACUUUGUGGUGUGCCCAGAAAAUGAGCAUUUGCAAUUCUUAGUAAAUAAUCAUUUUAGUUUUUCUUUGUUUAUAUCUUUUUUUCCCUUCAUCUUUCUUCUGCUUCUAUACUUAUAAAAAGGAUUUUGAAGCUGGAAACAAAUGUUUCUGACAUUCUCCCCCUAAAAAGGAGUGGAUUACAAUAUUUUGGCAAUGUUUUAGAUCACAGAAUAAUUUUCAAUUUCACUGACAGUUUCUUUUGCAAUUUUGUGGAAAUAAUUUACUGUCAUAAUGUUGAAGCAUUUUAAGCGUAAACAUCCAUGACAUCUGUGAAUUAAAGCAUUCUGUAAAUUUAGUUGAGUCCUUUAAGUAAUAUGGUACAAAUUGCUUCAACUUGCACUACCAUAUGCCAUCGGUUCCCAGACUCUGCUGAACUUUGGAAUCAUCUAGGGAUCUUUUAAAAAACUAAUGCCUGACUCCCAUCCAUAGACAUUCUGAUCCCCACUCCCAGGUAUGGGAACAGCUUGACCAUUUAGAAUUUCAGAAGCUCCCCAGGUGAUUCUAAUGUGCAGCAGAGUUUGGCAGGCACUGCUGUGCACAUUUGAAUGUUAUUACAUUCAAUCUUAUUUUGGUUGCUCAAAACUUCAAUCAUACAUUUUGAUGGCAACUUUUCAAAUGUCCCCAAAGCAUGUCAUUUUAGCAAUUGCAGUAUAAAUGAAACAAGACAAUCUAUUCAUCUUAUAGCUUCUCUUGUCCUUGCACACUUUAGUUUCUCACACAUAUCUUGGGAGCUCGGUCUCUUGGCUAUUUCAAGGCCUGAAGGAGACCUAUGGGCUUAGAAAUUGAGGCCAGGUGCGGUGGCUCAUGCCUGCAAUUCCAGCACUUUGGGAGGCAAAGGCGGAUGGAUCAUGAGGUCAGGGGUUCAAGACCAGCCUGGCCAACAUGUUGUAAACCCCGUCUCUACUAAAAUACAAAAAUUAGCCCGGUGUGGUGGUGCACAUCUAUAAUCCCAGUUACCCGGGAGCCUGAGGCAGGAGAAUUGCUUGAACACAGGAGGCGGAGGUUGUAGUGAGCCAAGAUCGCAACAUUGCACUCCAGCCUGGGCAGCAAGAGCAAGACUCUAUCUCAAAAAAAAAAAAAAAAAAAAACAGAAAAGAAAUUGAAUUGAAAAAAUACUAACCCUCAUUUCAAGUGGCUGCCCAGCCAACACUGUAUGAUAGAAUUAGCACUUCUCAAAAGCACAGCCAAGGUGAGAAUUCUACAGCUGUGAAAAAAUAUUUGGGAUACAAAUAUAAAGCUGGGUGAUAUUUUUUAACAGGAUGUAUGUGCACAUAAUAAAAUCUAAAUUUAUCCCAGUGGUAAAAAAACUGGCUGAAGUCAAUUUAAAAGUUUUGUCCCUUGAGUUAAGGAUUCAAGAGCUGCAAAAGUGCCAGUCAAAAAAAUGUUGGUUAACUGGAAUCUGAAUAACAGUAAUACUCAUCUACAAGACAGCAUUAACCACACCUGGAACAAGUUAAGAAGAAGCCCUCUGAGAGUUGAGGCCUCGGCUGGUGCACCUGCGGCUCACUUUCCUGCUCCUCCUCCAUCCUCAGCAUGCUCCCUAAUGCUCCAAAUCCUAACCUAGGAUGCUUAGAUUUCUGUGUCACCAAAGCAGGAUAGAAGUGUGCCCAGGAGAUUUUUUUUUUCCUGAAGUAAGAAAGUAAAUUAAAGUUUGGUUAAGUUUUGAACAACUCCCUUUUAACAAAAAAACUGAUUGGUGAUUAACAGAAAUCCAAUUAACCAGAGCACUCCAAUGGUAGAGUUCUCAGGAUUGGGCUUUAUAGACGUUAGACAUUUAAAAACAACGUCGGUUAUUUGUUGAUUACGCCUUAAAGCUGGCAGAGGGACAAAUGCAAACUAAUAAUUAAAGAUAAAUAUCUCAGUUUUUAAAAGGACAAAAAAUUUGGAGAGAUAAAAAAAUAAAAAUGUCUCUUGUAUUGGUU